AUGAAAAGGCCCAGCCCCGCGCAAUGGCGGGCACCAUCGGCAGUCGCAACGGCGUCUUGGCGUUACGCGCCGCUGGGGCGGCCCAGAGAAAUAGCAACGACCAUGUGGCAAGGACGCUGGCGACCCCAUGGCGGGCAUAGAUUUGAUACCGGCAAAGGGGGUUGGGGUGGAGCAAAUCUGCGCCGCAACGCUUCCCCCAGGAUCUUGUUCUAUCCAUUUUGCCUCGCGAGUGAUGCGUCCGCCGGUGGGUUUGCUAGCCUGCUGUUGGCGGCGUUGCCGUGUUUGGGGGAAGGCGCGGAAAACAGAAAAUUUAUAUUGCCGGUGGGAAAGGAAAAGUGGCAGGGGUACGGGGCCCAAAUUCUUUUGGACGGCAUUUCGUUAUUUCUUAUCGUGGCUAAGGUAGUUCAGCAGUUUUGUUUUAGGUAA